AUGGACUAUCACUCUGUCCACGGCCAUGACGUUGCCAGUUUCGACAUUCCAAGUUCCCACCGUCUACCUACCGUGACGGCAUCGGCAGCACUGGACGACGAAUUGGAAAAUGAUGCCUCGCUUCACAUCGCCACAGGUCUAGAUGACCUUGACAAGGCCCUGGCCUCUGCCGCGGCCGGAUACCACAGUGGCAUUGGUGGUGGUAACGACUCGAUCCCUCGACCUGCUGCUGGCGGCGUCAAGCGCGGUCAAGUUACCGAGGUUUGGGGACCUCCUGGCACAGGAAAGACGGCUCUGGGGUUGGCCGUUCCCAGCGCUCGCGUCAUCGAGACGUUGGAAGCCGUGAGAUUGGCUCGCCGCAACGGGGAAGAAGAAAAGGACGAUGAUGGCAAGGCCCAAGACGAUCACGACAACGACAGCAGCGUCCAUCUGUCAAGGUUUGCACAGUACGAAUGUCUGACGCUGGCACACCUGAUUGCCCUGAUUUCCCGCCCGACGUCUAGGAACAUACCGGGCGAUGUUGGCUUGAUCAUCAUCGACUCUGCUACGGCUCUGAUAAACUCGGCACUACCGAGAUCCCAGAAUGUCAAGCCGGGUGCUGGGUCGAAUAGAGGUCCGGACCCUUCUGUCAAGAGAAAACAGGUACUGCAGUCCAUCAUCAAGUCGCUGCAGACGCUUGCCUCUACGCGCAACUGCGCCGUCGUCGUCCUCUCCCAAUGCGCUACGCAGAUGCUGCCGUCGGGCAGAGGGGCGACUCUCACUCCUGCCGUGAAUGCUACGCUGUGGGAACAGGGGGUUUCGACCCGACUGGUACUCUUCCGGGACUGGGUGGGUGGCGGCAGCGGCAGCGGCAGCGGCAGCGGCAGCAGGUACGCGCCCGUUUUCCUGGCAGGCGUGCAGAAGCUUGAUGGGAGACAUACGCACGAGGGUGUCGAGCAUGUCUCCGCGUUCAGAAUUGAUGGUGACGGCAUAGCUAGCGUACCUUAUCACCGAGUGGACGAGGACGAUGCUGCUCUCACGAAUGCCAGCACUAUAUCCGUCAUGGCAGCGACACCUGUGCCACGGCAGCAACAAAAGAAGAGGAAACUAGCCCAAACCGGCUUCGAGGUGCCGGACAGUGAAGAUGACGAAGACUACGGGUGGGCCGAGGAGGACGAGUCAUCUCUGCCUCCCCCACCCCCACAAUGGCAAGGAAGUGAGGAUAUCCUCCUCGGCAAGGAGGUUGGGCAAAGUAGCGAUGUCGAGGAUGAGGGGGAUGAGGAGGAAGUGGAGGAAGGAACGAAUGAAUGA